AUGCCUCGUGGUGGAGAAUACGACGAUGGUCCAACGGUGGCAAGCGACAACGCAAUAGAGUCCGGCGAGAACAAGAUCGCCGGUGCCCCCGAAGGCGACUCAGACGAACCAGUCUCCUCCGGCGUUGACCGCUCCGGCAAAGCUGCACCACUUCCAGAAGGCAUUAGCGAGAUGAAGGAUGCUCCAGGGAGUGGGGGAGGAAGCCAGGGGGUGACACCAGGAGGAGGAGAGAAAACAACGGGCGGCGGGAGUGGGAAAGGAGGCAAUUAG